UUGGGGCAGGUUGCGUGGUCAUGUGACCACUGUCGACCAAUCAGGUUGCGAGUUGGCGCGGGGUUGGUGUGUGGCGGCUGCGGCGGUGAGGAGACAUUGUAAGAUCUGCGUCACCGCCGUGUAUCUGUUACAAUCAUGGAAGGCCGUAGUCAUCCUGCCCACCACGGCUACCAUCACACGCCGACGCCCGUCAAUAGAGGGGACAUAACCAUGGAGGAGACAAACGGAGGAGGUAUGCAGGUGGACUCUCCCCCUAAGGUGGGAGGGACAGUUGAACCUCCCCCAAGAGAAGAGCCUAUAAUUGACCCCAUAAAUGGCAUUGUGCAACCUCCAUUCACCCCACCCCCACAUAGACCUGGACGUGUAACGAACCAGCUCCAAUAUAUUCAGAAACAAGUGAUGAAAACUGUAUGGAAACACCAGUUUGCCUGGCCUUUUCAUCAGCCAGUUGAUGCUAUGAAGCUCAAUUUACCAGACUACCACAAAAUUAUUAAGCAUCCAAUGGACUUAGGCACUAUCAAGAAACGUCUUGAAAAUAAAUAUUAUUGGAGUGCCAAAGAGUGUAUACAGGACUUUAACACUAUGUUUACUAAUUGCUAUGUGUAUAAUAAGCCUGGUGAAGAUGUAGUGUUAAUGGCACAGACGCUAGAAAAAAUAUUUUUAACGAAAGUGGCAGCCAUGCCUAAAGAUGAAGUUGAAGUGGAAGAUGCCACAAGCAAAGGUGGUAAAGGCCGCAAAGGUCGGACACCAGUAGUGCCAGGGACUAAACCACCCAGGCCUCCUGCUGCUCCUUCUGCCCCAUCUGUUACUGCUCCAACCUCAACGCCAGCAGUUACAGCGCCCCCUGCCAUGAGUGCUGUUACUAUGACUAGCACUAGCUCGCCAGCCCUCUCCAACUCCCUAUCCUCGCCACCUACGGCCACUACAAUAGGGUCGUCUCAACUGCCAUUACCCAUGAGAGUAACUACCCCCCCAACUACAACUACAGUGCUGGGUUCUACUGCUCAGCCCACCGUCCCGGCACCUGCAUCUACUAACUCCUUUCCUCCGGUUUCGCUAGGAGGGCCGAUCCAAGGCUUUCCCCCUCAUCCCACUCCAGCCCCCAGUCAUCCUAAUCCUCCUACAACUAUAGAUGGUUGGAAUCAGAAUGAUGCUCAGAAAGGUGUAAAGAGGAAAGCAGACGCCAUGGCCCCAAUGAUUGGCAACUCUACUUUAGACGCAUUUUCACCUGGGUUAGGAGAAAAGAUGGGCAAGAUAUCUUCUCGGAGAGAGUCAGGGAGACAGAUCAAGAAAGUCAACAAGGAUUUACCAGAUUCUCAGGUAACCUUGAGGGAAGCAACUCAGCCACAACAUAGUACGAAACCAAAAGGAAAGGUUUCAGAAUCUUUUAAAAAUUGCAACGAAAUUCUCAAAGAACUUUUUUCUAAAAAGCAUUCGGGGUAUGCGUGGCCCUUCUAUAAACCAGUGGAUGCUGAUCUCCUUGGGUUGUCGGAUUAUCACGAGAUCAUCAAACAUCCGAUGGACUUGGGCACAGUUAAGAAUAAAAUGGAUAAUAGAGAGUACAAGAAUGGUGCAGAGUUUGCAGGAGAUGUUAGAACAAUAUUUACCAAUUGUUAUAAAUACAACCCUCCUGACCAUGAUGUUGUAGCCAUGGCAAGAAAACUUCAGGACGUUUUUGAAAUGAAAUAUGCCAAAGUGCCAGAGGAUGAGCCAUUUGAAAUUCACCCAGCAACAGACUCUGAAGAGUCUGACAGUGAAAGUGAAAGUGAAACAGAUGACUCAGAAGAUGAGAGAGAAAGAAAAUUAGUUCAGCUUCAAGAGCAGCUACGGCAGGUGCAGGAACAGAUGAAGGUGGGUCUCGAAUCUUUAUUGGUUGAAGAGUCACUAAGAAGAGGGAAGGAAAAGAAGAAAAAGACCAAAAAGAAAAGUAAAGAUCGUGAAAAAAUGCUUGCAGAAUUACCUAAUCUACCAAUCACCGCGGCGCCCAUAGUAAACCAGAACACGCCUGCUGCAACAGUUGUUGCUUCCGCUGUAGCGCCUCCUAUAGCACCACCUCCGGGCCCAGUUCCUCCUAAACCUAAGAAGAAUAAAACAAGCAACAACAAACAAAAGAGACAACGGUCGAAUGCUAGUAAAUCAAAGAAAAAGACAGCUGGCGGAGCUCCGGGCAUGGUGUUUGAUUCUGAGGAUGAGGACAAUGCCAAACCUAUGUCCUAUGAUGAGAAAAGGCAACUUAGUUUAGAUAUAAAUAAACUUCCUGGUGACAAACUGGGACGAGUGGUGCAUAUCAUCCAGACUAGAGAACCUUCGUUAAGGGACUCUAAUCCAGAUGAAAUAGAAAUUGAUUUUGAAACUUUAAAACCUUCAACAUUAAGAGAACUAGAAGCAUAUGUUGCCUCCUGUCUUCGGAAAAAGCCUAAGAAAAUAUACACCCGACCUGAAAAGAAAAGUAUCCAGUCGAAAUCUAAAGAAGAAUCUAUGGCAGAAAAGAAACAAGAACUUGAAAAACGGUUGCAGGAUGUAACAGGACAGCUGGGAACUCCUGUAGCGGCAAAGAAAACGCCCAAGAAAGAGGAAAAUAAGAGUGUUGAUGUGGUUGGAGGAGGCACAUCACGCUUAACAGAAUCCAGCUCCUCCUCUUCAGACAGUGAUUCAUCCUCAUCUUCAUCAUCAUCAUCAUCCUCAGAUUCCUCAGACUCAGAAGCAGGAAAUCGAAAGCCUAAGAAAGCCAAGUUAGAUUCCUCUCAUGCAAAGGUUCAUCCAAGGAGAAUUCCACUGGUCGCGUACAAAGCUUGAAGGUCACUCUUGGGCCUUCUGGAAGUAAAGUCUCUUCUGCAGUAUCAGCAGAUGUAAAAUUAGAAGAUCCAGUGAAGUCAGAAUUAAAAAAUAUAUUGACCGGAAGUAAUGCUCCUAAAGCCCAGACUCAACACACCAGCAAACAACAACAGGCACAGCAGCAACAACAACAACAAG